AGCGCCGUAUCUGAUAAAGUUUCCAGUGAGGUGUGUCUGGUGGGGCUGCAAAAGCCAAUGGCGGGGCUGAAAAAAAAUGAUCCCACACUUUUUCGUUUUUUUUGACCGGAGUCAUCUUUUAACAUAAAGCAUGACUGUUUCCUGUAGUCAUUUCCCGAGUUUCCUUUCUGCCUUUUAAAAGCAGGGUGACCUCUGUACAUCAGUCAUGCUUCGAAGUCCCUUCCAACCUUCUCCCUCCCCUCUGCGAGCAUGAGGUGUGUCUUUCUGCCCUGGGUGACGGCAGCGGUCCUCCUGCUGGGACAUCUGAGCGCCUCGGGAGAAACGGGGCCGGGGGCAUUGCCGCUUCAGAUCAUCAACUUUAAUUUCGAAACCGUGCAGGUGACAUGGAACGCGACGGAAUACUCAGGAGCCAACUGGACGUUCUUCUACAAAUUACGAGACAACGAGGACUACAGAGAGUGUUCCAACUACACCCUUCGACAAGGCUCCACCACCGGGUGCAUCCUGGCCGUAGAAAAAGAUGAACUUCUCUAUUUUUCCAUCAGGCACGGAACAGACUCUCUUCUCGACAAGACACAGUGGAUCAGCAGUUACCUGAAACCCAGGUCCCCGCGGGGGCUGACCUUCCAGUGGCGUCAGGGAGCCGUGACGGUGACGUGCUCUGACCUGCGGUACAGAGGUCUCCUCUAUGAAAUCCAGCACAAGACCACCUUUGACGCCGAGUGGCAGUCCAACGAGGCAAAAACCUGCAAUGUCACCCUCAGCGAUCUGGAUGCUGAGAAGUGCUAUUUCUUCCGGGCCAGAGUGAAAACACUGGAGUCCAGCUACGGCCCUGACACAUACCCAAGCGACUGGUCGCAGGUGAUGCAUCAGCAGCAGGGGAAGCUCAGAGAUUCGUGCCAGGACAAGAGGCUGUCCCCAAAUUUUCUUUUAAUUACUGGUAUGAUCGUCUUCCUGACAGUGUCCCUUCUCUUUCUGUCUUUAUGGAAACUACAGAGGAUUAAGAAGGUCCUUAUGCCCAGUGUUCCAGACCCCAAAUCCACCUUCUCGGGGCUCUUUGAGUCUCACCAAGGAAACUUCCAGGAGUGGAUCAAGGACACCCAGAACGUGACCCACCUGAACAAGACGGAGGAGAGGGAGCAGGCGUGCAUCCUGGAGGAGGCCGUGGUGGUCCAGCUGGCCGAGGCCGAGAGGCCCAAGACAAUGCCGAAUAGCCCCAUGGGCCUGCAGAUGGGGGAGGAAGAGGCUGCCGGGGACCCCUGCCGCCUCCCUCGCCAGCCCCCACAGGGCCGUCAGGUGGCCUCUCUCCAGGGUUUUACUUUUGUGAUGAGUGACAACUCUUAUAUGAUGUUAUGAGGGGGUGCAAACUCAGCAGCCAGCAUCAGAAUCUAUGGGAGGUGGGACCCAAGUGAUGAUAACAGGGGCUCAACAGCAGAAUCCGUCAUGCUGGCGUCUGGGUCCCCCAAUACACUAACUGCCCAGCUGCGGCAUCCCUUUGAAGCUGAUACGUAAGGGCUUGAGGAUCAGCUCUCUAGAGGUGGCAGACUCUUGGUUACACUGGUUGUUGCUCUCAGCUGGCACCUCUUCCGGGUUCACGUAAAUUGUAAGGACAGACGGCCAGGGUACGUGGAAACCACCGUCCUUCCUGCGUGCCCAGCCAGUCCGGGCCAUUUGCCACAUCCCUCAAAAGUGGUUCCUGGAUCCUUAGGUUCUCAGCUCACAUACCCAGCUGGGGAGGCGCGGCACCCCCAAGGAGGCAAGGAAUCCCGCUUGGCCCACACCAGCCAGCCACCCCAUUCUUGCUCCAAAGAGGAAACAAUCCCUAUUGCAACUGCUGAGGCAUUUUGUUAAGCAGACUCUAUUUUAAUUCCUGCAUUGACAUGCUGGACCUGGACGGUGCUUUGCAUCUAAGAGGUAUAUGAAUGUAAAAGCAGUCUA